GCUGGAGCAAAUGCACUUGUCAGUGAAGUUCGCCGUCAAGAUAAAGGAACAUAUCCUCUAAAGCAGGGUUUUAUUGCACCGUUUUGUGCUAUAUAGCAUUGCUUAACUUUUAGGACCAUGGCUGCAAAAAUUUUGCCUGUAGCCAAGUUUGCAACAAAACUUACCCUUGCAGGUGGCGCCCUUUAUGUUGCCUAUGAUUCAGGGCUUCUUGGAGAUGGUAAAGAGGGAUCUGUCGCCUUGGGACGAGUUAAAGAUGCCUUCCCACCUGCUGUGGAGGAGUGGAUGAAGUAUUUCGGCUUCGAGCUUCCUGCCACGCCCAAAAUUGAGUUCUCACCACUGGAUGCAUGGAACUCAGGGGUCCAGAAGUCUUUCCAUGCCCUAUCAGUCGCCCCGUCCACAGCUAGUGACUACACCAAACAAGCCCUCCAGUACGUUAAAGACCUCACAAAAUGAGCAUUUACAACUUUAAAAUGAGUAAAAGUUGCUAUUGAAACAUUUCAGUGGAUGAGACUUACUCACUUCAAGAGGUAUAUUGCCAUGCAUAUAUGUCACAGACUAAAUUCCGUUAAGUUUUGAGGAACAACAAGUAGAAUGAUUAAAAAAUAUGAAUAUAAUAAUGGUAUAAACCAAAUUGUUCCGUUUUUCAGUUUUUUCCCCUUUGGUAACAGUUGUAAAGCUUUGAGAGGAGUCAAAAAUAAUUUGAAGAUCAUAAUAUAAGUGUUAUCUAUAUGUGUAUUGUUAUUCAAGUCUUUUAUUUAUUUAAGAAAUCUCUUCCUGGAAGUGUUCUGUACUGAUUUAGAUGAUUCAAGGUUAUUUUCCCCUUGAAUCAUCUGAAAUGCACCCUUUUGUAUAGGCACUAAAGGACUGCAACUGAGUUUUGUAUAGUUUAUAAUUCCAUGUUGCUCUGUCUGAUGUAAAAUAAACAAUGUCAAAUAUUU